AUGACCAACGAGCAAGUGCUUCCCACCCCUGCUCCAGCAGCAGCAAGAACGCCAGCAGCAGCAAGAGCAGCACCACCUGAUGUACAGCACUGCAGGGGAUUCUUUAUCCGCUUAGCUUCUUCUUCGUGCCAAGUGGUGCAGACCAGCAGCAGCAGGGCGAGAGCACGGGUGCUGCUGCUGCUGGAAGAACAGUAG